UAUAUUUUAAACAGACUUAUUUAAGCAUUGUAAUUUAGGCAGCCAUGGAGAAUUUAUGUAAAGAAGUGGACGAGAAAAUUCAUGUCAAUUUGGAGAAUGAGGAAAUACAAGACAUUGCAAAGGCUGUUGAUGUAAUGGUCAGACAACGAUUUGUUGAAGCCCUGCAUGGUAUCAAUACAGAGAUAAAGAUCGAUCGCCUGGAGUUUAUUGGUAGCAUGGCUGAAGAUACUAGAAUAUGGGUACCAGAACUGGCGUCGUGUGAAUGGGACCUCGAGUUUGAUUACUUAGUAGUCAUAAAGUCAUGGCCCGGAUGUGGCGAUUUUAUAUUCGUGCCAAGCGAUGAAGAAGGUAAAAUGAAGAUAAUGUAUGAAGUAACUGAUCCUCAGUCAGUAACUGGUAAAUACAUGAACUUGAACACCGCUAUGAAACUGUCGUUUAUGAACACCGUACUAAAAGGCAUACGAGCAAAGUGUGAAAGAAAUAUGUGUACUCGCCAAUUAAGCAAUUUGCGUACAGAUCACGGCUGUCAGUGCUGCACAAUUUAUAUGAAAACUGGUAAUUUAAGGAUUACUGACGUACCAAUUUCAACUGGAAAUGUCAAGCAGGAAACGGUCCUUUUUUUCGUGUGGUCAAGUAUCGAAAGAUCAGUAUGUAAUCCAUUUAGACCUAUCAAACUACCAAAUAGAUCACAUGAUCAAUACGCAGAAGAUAUGUUACAAAUUAAAGUUGAUUUUAAUCCUGUUCUUGAAGUGAACAAUAAAAUGAUAGUAGAACGGAAGGCCGACGGGAAAGCAGUAGUACUUGAAGAAAACAACAAAUAUUUUCUUUUCCCCUAUUUUCCACGUUUAAAUAAUUUAGAUUGGAGAAUCUCAACGUGUCACUCAGAACUAAAACAUUUAAAAGAUACCUCAAAGGAACAUAAACUGGCAUUUUGUGUUUUGAAAUUUAUUGGGAAAGCCUUCCAGGUUUACGGCAACAUAGAGUACGUUAAAUCAUAUGAGGCAAAGUGUGUAGUUCUAAAUCAUAUAAGAGGUGUCAAGCACCAAACAGAGGAGCGCAUAUAUGCCUUUUAGAUGUGAUCAAGGAUAUAUAUGAAUGUGCGCGAAACGGAGAUUUACCCCACCCGGUAUUGCCAUCGUGCAAUGUCUACCAUAUGAGUUUUCGUAGAAGCUAUUUAGACACUUCAGAACAACAAAAAGUAAUAUUGUGUAAAUGUCUGUUUUCAUUAUUUGAGCAGCAGGAACAUGUUUCGGUAGAGGAUUUAUAUUAUGAUAUAACGAGUCUUAACAAUGUGUGUAACAACUAUAGGAGGACAAAAGACGAUAAAUUGUAUGAUGACUUUUUGAAGAAGAGAAGGGAGGCCAGUGCCAAAAAGGUUUUAGAGGAUGAAAGCGGUCUUGCACCAUUACAUUCUGCAUUAGAAAAAUUAAAACGUCUGCCAUGAACAACAAAAUCAAUCAUGAAAUCAUACAAACUUCUUUGUCACCAGAUAGACACCAAACAUGCAAAAUAUUGAAACCAAUGUAGCAUCUUAUAUCAAAAUCAACUGUCAUAAAUCAAUGCCGCGUUGGCUUAUGUCUUUUAAACCUUACCUUGCUAAAUUUUCUAUCGAACUUAUCCGUUUUUCAAAUUGGACAUACCAUUAACUGUUAAAAGGGGUGCUUACCAAAAAGAUACUGACUGCACAGCAUGAUCUACACAGGUCGCAAAGACAGACUCAAUCGUGUACAGCAUGCUACGGAUUAAAUAUGAUCUAAAUGUCACCUGUUUUCCAAAUAUCAUAUUGAGCUACUAACACUGAAUACUAGUAAGUGAUUCUAUAGAUUUGAUUUUACUUACUACAGCGUUUUCAUAUUAAAAAGAAUAUUUACAAUUACAAGUACUAAAAUAUGAACUCAUACUUAAAUUUUUUAAAAAGUGAAACAAAUCAAAUUUACAUAAAUUUGGAAGCAUGUCUCUUUGAAACAUAGAUAUUAUUCUAUUUUACACGUCAACAAAAAUCACCAUUUUUAUAUUUAAAACAUGAUAAAGGCAUAAACGUUCACACAACACUAUUUAACAGUUAAAUUGUCUUGUAUUAUUUGUUCAGACUAGUUAUU